UUCAUUGCGCCCACAACCAACACUCUUGCCCCUCUCCUUCACCGGAUAAGAGAGCUGCCAGCAGCAGCGGACGCCGCACCGCCGCACCGUCUCUCGCCUUCUUCACCACACCCCCUGCUGCCCAGCAUGGUCGUCAUCGAUCUCGGCGGGCACCUCUCGUCCGUCGCGCCCUUCAUCGCGUGGGCGACGCUGCCGCAGUUCGGCACGUCGCUGCUGCUGCAGGGCGUGUACAACGUGCUGCCAGCACUGCGCCCGCAGACGCCGCACACGGCGCAGGUGCACCACAACCGCGCCCGCGCCGUCAUCAUCGCCGCCUACCUGGCCUACACGCUCUACUCGAGCGUCGCCGCCGGCGGACCGAGCUUCUACGAGAUCCUCGACGUGCCGCUCGACGUCGACGCCGACGAGGUGCCGCGCCGCUUCCGCAAGCUCGCGCGCCUGCACCACCCCGACAAGGUCGGCCCGCGCGGCGAGGCCUUCUUCAUCAGCCUGCGCGAGGCCAGCGACGUGCUGGGCGACGACGUGAAGCGCGGCGCGUACGAGCGCUUCGGCCCGUCCAUCGUGCACUGGCGCGACGUCAUCACGGAGCGCGAGUACAUGGGCGUGGGCGUGCGCGAGAGCAUCCCGUACUACGUGAUCAACGCCGCCGUCUUUGCCUUUAUCAACUGGAUGAAUGGCGAGGCGGCGACCGGCUUUUGGCGCCUCACGCUCUUCCUCGUGCUCUUCUCCUUCGAGGCAGCACUGCUGCUCAACCCCACACGGCUGCUGCCCAUUCCGCGCUUCCAGCAGAUCGCCUUUCUGCACCAGCUCUUCAUCUCUCUCACGCUGGCGGGCCGGCAGCUCUUCCCGCUGCUGCCGCACCUUGGCCUCGUGCCGGCGCUCGGCACGAAGUUUGGCCACCGCAGCGAGCAGGAGACGCGCAACGAUCUCGAAGAGCUGCGGGAAGCCGUCGUCAACCUGCAGCGCGUCGCAUACGCCACGAAGCUCGAGGCGACACGAGCAGUCGGCGAGGAGCUCGCGCCCUUCCGGCCUGCCGAGCGGCCCUCGGCUGCGACGCUGCGCCAGGCGGCCGAGGCUGCCUGCGCCGCACGCGGCCAGCCGAAGCCGCCGGCGGACGCCAUCAUCAUCAGAGAGCCCAGCGCCGGAGAGCAGGCGUGGAUGAGUGCCUUCACCGAGGAGCUCGUGCGCAGGCGCACGCUUCUCGAUGCAAUCGCACAGCAGCAGCAACGGCCCCAGCAGCAACUACUCGCGGCCGGCGCAAUCGUCGGACUGGACGGCAAGGCACUGCCGAUGCCGCCGACGCAGGCGACACAUACCCAAGCGCAGAAGCAGCCGGCGACUGGAGCGCCGCAAGAAGCGCGAUGAGGAGCUGCAGACACAAAAUGCGAUUGAGAGAGCGUUCACGUGCAGUAUGGACAGUGAGGCGUGCUUGGUGAAGAGUGGGAUAUGACGGCCUGUGAGUGAUGCGAAGCGUGGUCACGGCGAGGGCUCUCGAGCACCCGCAGCGCGC